CGUCAGGCGAUCAGCUGUCGCGGUGCCGUGCGUAGAUGACCUUGGUUGAAGAUUCUACUUCAGAGGUUAAAGCCGACACAAAUACACGAAGAGGAGGAAUUGAAAAUCUCUUUCAAAAUGCCGAAAACAGCGAUUUUGCUCUUGGCCGAAGGCGCGGAGGAAAUGGAAGCGGUAAUCACCAUCGAUGUUCUUCGACGUGCUGGGAUUGUAGUGACUGUAGCCAGUCUCGACAGCGGUAAUGUCGUCACAUGCAGUAGAGGUGUGAAAAUCUGCCCCGACGAACAACUGACGGAUGAACACAAGGAUAAAGCUUAUGAUGUAGUUAUAAUGCCCGGUGGCCUUGCUGGUUCUCAAGCUCUGGCUAAAUCGGACAAAGUUGGUGCCAUCCUCCAAAAACAAGCAAGUGAAAAUCGACUAGUGGCAGCUAUAUGCGCAGCACCAACUGCACUGAAAGCUCACGGACUUGCCAAGGGAAAGAAAAUAACUGCCUACCCAUCGAUGAAGGAUCAGUUGCAAGAUGACUAUACGUAUAUAGAUGAGAAGGUGGUGAUUGAUGGUAAUUUCAUCACCAGUCAGGGACCUUCGACGGCAUACUUAUUUGGAUUGGCAAUCGUUGAAGCCUUAAUAGGAAAACCAGAAGCAACCACGGUUGCCCGAGGCAUGCUUUGUGAUGAAUAUAAGUAAUUUGGUACUAAAAGAAGAAGCAAAAUAAGAGAUAGUUUUUCAGAAAGCUGUCUAGGAUGAUGAAUGACAGGGUUAAAUAAAUAACACUACUUAUAUAA